UUGAAAAAUACAAACCAGAGUGUGUUAUUUUCUCAUCAACCAAUCAAACGAUCCUGUGAGAAAUCAAACAAUCAAAUUUCCCAUUUUCAGGGUGACCCACUUUUAAUUACCACAAUAUCUACCUAUAUAUAUAAAUCUCCCAGAUUAAACCCUCUAUAUAUCUUACAGAAGAAUUGAAGGAAAGAAUUAAGAUUGUUGAAGGUUUAAGGCAAUGGUAGGGCAGUCAAGAAAGUGGAUGGUGCUGGUGGCCACAACAUGGAUACAGGCAUUUACAGGGACAAACUUCGACUUCUCGUCCUACUCUUCGGAUCUAAAGUCGGUGCUUGGGAUAUCGCAGGUUCAGUUGAACUACCUGUCGGUGGCUUCCGACAUGGGGAAGGCAUUCGGGUGGUGUUCCGGGGUGUCUCUUAUGUACCUCCCUUUGUGGGUUGUCAUGUUCAUGGCUGCCUUCUUGGGCUUAUCUGGUUAUGGCUUCCAGUUUCUUGUCAUCCAGAGAAUCAUCUCUUUGCCUUAUUUCCUGGUGUUUCUUCUAUGCUUGUUGGCUGGGGUUAGCAUCUGCUGGUUCAACACAGUAUGCUACGUUUUGUGCAUCAGAAAUUUCAGUGUAAACAGGGCACUCGCAUUGUCCCUCACCAUCAGCUUCAACGGUGUAAGUGCAGCCUUAUACACCCUUAUUGCCAAUGCAAUAAACCCCAGUGAUGACACCCUCUACCUCUUCCUAAAUGCACUGGUUCCUCUCUUCACAUCAGGCGUCGCACUCAUCCCGAUCCUCCGCCAGCCGCCCGAUCUCCAGCCGCUCCCCGACCACGACGCCAACCGCCGCGAUCCUGUCAGUUUCGUUUGCCUCUACAUCCUAGCCAUCAUCACAGGCCUAUAUCUCCUCCUCCUAAACUCACUAUCUUCUGACGCAUCAAGAGCUCGCCUUCUCUUUGGCGGGGCUACUGCUCUUUUGGUCCUCCCCUUGUGCCUCCCUGGCAUCGUCUAUGCUCGCAAAUGGGCAUACCGCACUUUCUACGCAAACUUUCGUUUUGAUAACUCGAGCUUCAAUCUAAUUGACCCUGAUGAUCUUGAUGAGCUUCAUAAAGAGCUGCUUGGUGGGAAUGAUCAGAGCAAUGGCAUGAUGAACACAUCGUUUAGCGUGAGUAACAUGAUACACAAGGAAGGGUGGUUUGGUAAGGUGAUGGAGAAAGAUCGGUUGACUGUACUUGGAGAAGAGCAUCCAGCUAGGCUGCUGGUGCGGCGGUGGGAUUUCUGGCUAUAUUUUUUUGCUUAUUUCUGCGGGGGAACAAUAGGGUUGGUGUAUAGCAACAAUCUGGGGCAGAUUACACAAUCACUUGGAUACAAUUCAACGACUAGUUCUCUUGUCACGCUCUAUUCCUCUUGCUCCUUCUUUGGUCGUUUGCUCUCUGCUGCACCAGAUUUCCUUCGUGAAAAGGUGUAUUUCGCGAGGACUGGGUGGCUUGCAGUGGCAUUAGUGCCAACACCUAUUGCCUUCUUUUUACUUGUGGCUUCAGGAAGUGAGACAAUGCUACGUGCAAGUACAUGUUUGAUCGGGAUGAGCUCUGGGUUUGUGUUUUCGGCGGCCGUGUCAGUCACGUCAGAACUGUUCGGUCCCAAUAGCGCUGGGCUCAACCACAACAUCCUUAUCACCAACAUCCCCAUCGGCUCGCUCCUCUACGGCCUUCUUGCAGCCCUGGUUUACGAUUCCAAUGCGGGGAGCUCAGACCAGUUAGGCUUGUUGGGGGAAGCGACGGUGUGCAUGGGAAGGGAAUGCUAUUUGCAGACAUUUAUAUGGUGGGGGUGCAUUUCCUUGAUUGGUCUAGUUUCAAGUUUCUUGCUUUUCAUGAGGACCAGACAAGCUUACAGCCACUUCGAAAGAAACAGGAAUAGAACAUACUGCUUUUAGCGAUGAAACUCAUUCCUUUAUCUGUUUUUUGUUUUUAGGGUGAUGAGUUUUGCACUAAGAUUUGAGAUGAAUUAGAGUUUUGAGUGAAAUUUAAAGAAAUGACAAAAAUUGUUAAUAGAAUCAAAUAGAAACUGUAGCUGGAGAUUCGUGUGAUUGUACAGAAUAAAGAAGCCGGAAGACAUAGCUGUCUCAGACAUUGUCACUGAUAUUUGAUUUCUACAGGUGAUGUUUCA